AUGCUAUCUGUAUUCAACAAACAUAAGGUCACAACAGUGGUUCAAUGUUUUGUCAGAUGUUACUCAUUAGUACACCCGAAAUCUAAAGUAGUUUAUUCUACUGAUGAAGCACUAGAGGGCAUUACUUCAAAUGUCACGUUACUAUCAGGUGGGUUUGGUCUCAGUGGGGUUCCCGAUACCAUCAUCAAUGCACUUGUCAAGAAACCUGAAAUCAAGAACAUUACCGCAGUCUCGAACAAUGCUGGACUUGAUGGACGCGGGUUAUCGCAAUUAUUAGUAACAGGUCAAAUCACCAAGAUGAUUAGUAGUUACAUCGGGGGAAAUCGCACGUUUGAGAAAUUAUACUUGACGGGGGCAAUAGACUUGGAAUUGACACCUCAAGGUAAUUUGGCAGAACGAGUUCGUGCUGGUGCUGCUGGUAUUCCUGCUUUUUAUUCCCCAACUGGGGUUGGUACAUGGUUAGAAGAGGGGAAGUUGCCUGUACGAUAUGACUCAACUGGAGAAAAAGUUUUGAAAGCUAGUCAAGCUCGUGAGGUGCGAGAGUUUAAUGGGAAAAAGUACUUGUUGGAACCAGCAAUAUUUGGUGACGUGGCUUUGGUUAAGGCAUAUAAAGCUGAUACCUUAGGUAAUUGUUGGUUCAGAGGUGCUGCAAGAAAUUUCAACUCUGUAAUGGGAAGAAAUGCCAAAUUGACAAUUGUUGAAGCUGAAAACAUUGUUGAACCUGGUGAGAUUACUCCCGAGGAUGUCCAUUUACCUGCUAUUUAUGUUGAUCGAGUCAUUCAAUCUACUACACCAAAGGACAUUGAAAUUUUCAAAUAUUCUGAAACUAGUCAAGAUCCAUCCUUAGAAGAGCCAAAAUCAGAAAGCGAAUUAAAGAGAUCAAAAAUUGUCAAGAGAGCGGCACAAGAAUUCAAAGAUGGCUCAUUUGCCAAUUUGGGUAUUGGUAUGCCUACUUUAGCCCCAAACUAUUUACCCGAAAGCAUCAAUGUUACCUUACAAUCAGAAAAUGGUAUCUUGGGCUUGGGUCCUUACCCACACAAAGGACAAGAAGAUCCAGACUUGAUCAACGCUGGUAAGGAAACAGUUACCUUAGCACCAGGAGCUUCACUUUUUGGAUCAGAAGAAUCAUUUGCCAUGAUACGUAGUGGUAAAAUCGACUUGACCAUCUUGGGUGGAUUGCAAGUUGCCGCAAAUGGUGAUUUAGCCAACUGGGGCUUACCAGGUCGUGUCAAGGGUAUGGGCGGUGCUAUGGAUCUUGUAAGCAACCCACAAAACACUCGAGUUGUUGUAGUGAUGGAACAUGUGGAUAGAAAAGGAAGACCAAAGAUUUUGCCACAAUGUCAAUUCCCAUUAACUGGACAAAAGUGCGUUUCAAGAAUUAUAACUGAUUUGGCCGUGUUUGAUAUCGUUGAUGAAAAGUUAGUUUUGAUUGAGUAUGACCCAGAAAGUAGCAUUGAGGAAAUCAAGGCAAAAACUGGUGCGCCUUUUGAAAUUUCUCCUGAUUUAAAACCAAUAGAAGUUUAG